ACAUCCUUUUUGUAGCCAAUGGUCACCGCGAGCCGUCCGCUCGAGUGUCGGUCCGAGUUGGUCUCUGAGUUUUUCCACGGAAAACACCGUUUGUCUGUGGACCCGCUACCAUCGUCCUAGACGUUCGUGCGAAGUGGUGAUCAAUUUCAACGAAGCAAGUUCUUACAAGAAUGAGUUCGAGCGCGUGUUACAAAUGUAACCGUAUGGGCCACUUUGCGCGGGAGUGCCCACAAGGUGGAGGCAGGGGAGACCGCGGACGCGACAGGGACGGCGGCUUCGGGCGAGGCCGAGAGAAGUGCUUCAAAUGCAACCAAUUUGGACACUUUGCGCGUGAGUGCAAGGAGGAUCAGGACCUUUGCUAUCGCUGCAAUGGUGUCGGUCACAUUGCGAAAGACUGUCAGCAGGGACCGGAGUUGAGUUGUUACAAUUGCAACAAGACUGGUCACAUGGCGCGCAGCUGCCCGGAGGGCGGCAAUGAUUCCGGCCGCUUUGCGAUGCAGAGCUGCUAUAACUGCAACAAGACGGGCCACAUCGCCCGCAACUGCACCGAGGCCGGUGGCAAGACUUGCUACAUUUGCGGCAAGACUGGUCACAUAAGCCGCGAAUGCGACCAGGACGACAGGAAGUAGGAGAUAACCGGAAUCCGUGCCGCUCGCUUAACGUUAACGAUAAGCCGUUUACCGUCGCGCGCGCCACUACCGGGUAUUGUAGCUAGGUAGGGAUGUGUGGACGUUUUGUCUCGUUGACACGUACAAUUCGCGGACAAUUUGCAAAAUGGACGCGUUGAGGACGCGUCGACAUUGUCGACCGACGCCGCCGAGAACGUCGGCACAGUCGAUAAUGCCCCAUUCGCCGGCAUUGCCAUUCGUUGUCGUCGUCGUCGUCGUCGUCGUUGUCGUAAUAAUCGUUUACAUCUCACCGUGCUCCACUCCCGGAGGCCACCACCCAGCAGCCCCUCCUCGCCCUUAUUCCUAAUCUCCUUCCCCUCUCUGCCCACCGUUGUUCUCUUCACAAGAAUUUUUUUUUCUUCUUAAACGAUGCCUUUAAGUUUUUAUUGCUGUUACACACCGACACCAACCUACACGUACAUUUGCUACUACGUGUGAAUGAGAGCGGGAUUCAUCCUACGAAUAACACGUCUGACAUUUACACGUAUAUGAUACAUACACACCACACACACAUACAACACACACAUUCAUAUACCACGCAUACACACAACCUAUGUAAUAAUAUUAUAAACAUUCUAUUGAAUUAGAGUAGAGACAUGAAUCCUCUGUCCCCUGACUUUCAAACUGUCUUGUACGCGCAUUGUUUUCUGAUGCAAGAUGUAUGGAUUCUUGGGAAAGUUCACGCGUAGCUUCGCCGAGAUUUGCUGCGCGUGCAUGCGUGGAUGGUUUCGCGCGACGUAAAUGUAAUAUUAAAAAAAAAAAAGAAAAAAAGAGCAAGUGGAGGAUAAGACUAUUCUCUACACGCACCUUCGAUUCCACCCUCUCGCAUUUGUACGAAUAUACAAAGUAAAUUUUACAAUACGACUGCUACGAUUGACAAAUAAGAAUAAUUUAAAAAAAUGGGCCGUUGACAGAGAGAAACGUCUUCGCCAUUGACACGGAUUUUCAUGUACGGGUCAUGUACAAAGCACACGAGCCAUACAUCGCACUACCUCGCAUCCAUGCAUCUUGCAUUCUCCGGUCCUCCCUCUCGAACUCUCUAGCCGACACAUAUGAAUGGACAAACGAAGGAAAAAAAAGAAUUAGAAAAAAAGGAUUCAGAAAUGAACGGGAAAAUGAAAGAAAAAAAUAGUAUGCGAGAACACAUGCCGGCCCUGAAUGCAUAAAAAUAAGAUUUAGUAACGCUAAUUUUUAAUGUGUAAGGAUGUAAUGAGGAUCUUACUGAGCUGUUGAUAACUGCGUGUCACUCUUUUUGCGUUCUUUUGUUUCUUUUCCUGUUUUUUUUUUCUUUUCCUUUUUAUACACCAGACUCGUCUAGUUUUUUCGUAUAUAGGUACGGACAAAAGCGGAAGUAUAGCUGUAGGAUUGUCAGUGUUUACAGGUUUAUAUGCAAUUAUACUCAUAUCCUCCGACUUCGACGAAGUUAGGGCGAAAGAAAGAGACGUGUGUGCGCUUUCUACGGCUUUUUCCGAGCGUAAUAAGAAGGAAUGCGUUGCGAUUAAUACCAAGUAAGAUACGUCCGAAAUGGUCGCUACAUCGACAUAUGUAUGUAUAUAUACAUAUAAACACCGUGGUCUGUACAAGUUGACACAUUUUGUACGUACAAUCAAUAAUUGUUAAACGACAAGAUAUAGGAUUCAAUAUUGUUCAUAUUAUCGUCGGUCUACUGAUAGGCCCGCGAUGAGAGAGGAGCCCGCAGGAGGAAGUGUACCAAUACACCUUACUAUAUCCUUACAUGUUGCUGAAAAUACUUCGUUACUAGGUAUAUGUAUAUAUAUAUUGCGCAUAUGUGUAUACAUAUAUUUAUGCAUAUGUGCAGGAGCUGUAUUUUGUACUGUAAAAAGCUAGCUUAUACUCUGGUCGUUGCUGGUGACUAUAAUUCCGACGAAAUACGAUGAAUGAUGAUUCUCCUUUGUAUUUCCACGAGACAAAUUAUAUUUUUCAUGUGUAUAGAGUAUAUACUCUAGGGGUCGAUACUCUCUUCUUUUUGUCCUAACUCAUAAGUUGUAGGAACAAAAUUUUUGUAGAUGCGGUCGAAGAAGAAAAAAAAAUUGAUUCGAGGAAAGAAGGAUUAAGGCUAUUCCCCCCCAGUCGCAUGCUCAGGGGACGACCACUUACUCUCGACGCGAGUACAAAGCGAUUUUUCUUACUAUAAACGAAGGGAAAAAAGGAGAGGUGCGCGAGCGCGCGCAUCGAAAACGCGACGAAAAUUUACCUACGUUAUAGCGGAAGCUGCGACACCCUCGUCCUCCGAUCGCGCCAGUAAUAUCUCAUCAAGUGAAAGACGCAACGCGAGCAACGCAAAUUAGGAUAAGGUUGCGAUUAGAAUCCCGGACUACUUUUUUGGAACUUUACCCGGACCAUUGUUCACGCCAAGUAGUAGUAGCAGCAGCAGCAACAGCGCGGUACACGCAGUAUCAAUUCGAUCGUCCGCGGACGGCGAGUCCUUUGUUCGAGCCCGGGAAAAUCGGCGGAUCGUCGCGCGGAUGUCGCGCGCGAACCUGGACGGGAACUCCGGGAGGGCGACGCGCGACUCCGCGCGCCUGCGAUCCGUAACGCUUUUCGCGGGCUUCCGUGGUUCUACCAGCAGCGACAAUUGUGUAUUAACGUUCAGAAGCCAGGCGUGCCUGACUAUCUCGAUGGAAGAAAAAAAAAGGCCUGGGCCGCGUCCGACUUCCCGGGAGCGUUCCCGGGACGGCGGCGCACCUGGAAGCAGAUUUCUUAUUCUAGUAACCCAGGUGUCCUGCAAAACAAUUUUAUACACUUCAAACACACACACAUUGUUCGGGACUUGAUAAAAAAAAAAAAAAAAAGAAGAAGCCGGAUCUCAUUGCGUAGUUUCAGUGUGCUAGUGCUCACGACGAGACUUGGAGAGGAUCAAACAAAUUGUACUUCGCUCUGUAUUGGAACCUUUCGCGCGGAUCUCCGGCGCUGGUCAACGCACGCACGGACGGACCAAGUAUUCUGGACGAACGUGAACAGUCUAAGACGAACGUCCGAUAGCGUAUCGAGAUAUCUUCCGCGUUUGAUCUUUGAUAAAUAAUGGUUCUGAUUAUUGAGUAAAUUGGACUUAACGGUCGAUGGAUUUGACGAACCCUCCACUUCUCGUUCCGACAAUCGGGGGAGAAGCGUAGGAUGAAAUGUAAUCCUCUGGUGUCUCGAUACCUCGGACGUCGUUGGACUUUUACACAUCUCUUAUAUACUAUCUGGUUGGGAAUUACUUGAGAAUAUACAUCGUGCAUGAGUAAAGAGCAAUAGAGUCUGAUAGACAGCCGAUUCCCUCCGCGACACCGGUCUCUGUGGUUCGUUGGCAGCGUCGGAGGUCCAAACGAGCAUACGAAUAAUUAUUAUAAAGAGUAAUAUUUAAAGAAAAAAAAAACGAGUGCGAUUAGGGCACCUGCGCUUUUGUCUCUGCUACAAGACUUACGUACGAAUAUUGUAAAGAAUACGACUGUUACAGUGUAUGAAUCUAAUUCGACCGGCGGCGCACGCCGGGUCCACGGCUCGACUUAUAUAUUAAUCUAUUAAUAC